AUGUCUUCGACCGACCCAGUUCCAGACCUUGAAGCAGGUAUUCAAUACUGGGCUACUCAGCCAGCAAACUACGACGGCGUGCUUGGUGGAUUUGGAACGGGGCCACUUCCUCGCGUUGAUGCUCUUGGAUCGCGUCGUUUUCUCCUCGAACUCCUCCCUGAACUCUCCAUUGUCCCUUCACCGUUUCGGAGUAUCUCUACCCCUGUGUCCGAAACCAGGCGGGUGAGAGCUCUUGAUGUGGGCGCGGGUGUCGGGCGCGUCACAUCAGACGUCCUCCUUCCCCUGGUCUCAGAUGUUGUCCUGCUCGAGCCCGUAGAGCCAUUCAUCAACGAAGCUCGAUCUCGCGGAAAAGCCAGCGAGUCUGGCAUAGAAUUCAACGACAGCGGGUAUAGGGUUUUAUGGAAGGGUAUUGCUGAUCGAUCGAAGAGCGUUACGUUCUUCAAAGGGACGCCUCUGGAUCGCGUCGGCUAUCUGCCGCCAGAUGGUGAGGGCGAUGUAGACUCAAAAUUUGACGUGAUAUGGUGCCAAUGGUGCCUAGGGCACUUGAAGGAUGAUGAUCUUGUGGACUUCUUGCAGAGGAGCAAGAAGGCUCUGCGUAAUGCGAAGAGUGUCGUCGUGGUGAAGGAGAAUCUGUGCCGUGAGCAAGCGAACGAACCAAUGUCGAUUUUUGACGACCAAGACUCGACCUUCACUCGGUCAGACCUCGCAUUCAAAAAGAUUUUUGAGGAAGCAGGCCUCAAGAUCAUCCGAGAGAAAAUCCAGCACGGGCUCCCCCAAGGGUUGUAUCCUGUGAAAAUGUACGCAUUGGGGGAAGCUUAA